AUGAACGAUGAAUCCUCUACCACAACUGCCCUUCUACUGAAAAGCACAACUGAACCCCAGGAUUCUCAAUCGGUGAAUUCUAGCACAGAUAUGAAAACAAAUAACAGUAGCGUGGGAUCAGAUACCAUGACGCCUCUUAAAAAUAAAUUUAUCAUAUCUUCCGUCACUAAUACCUCGCAAAUUACGAGCCCCAGUAAAGAUUAUAUGGCGUUGACUCCCAUAAGAUUAAAAGAAUUGGAUUCUCCAUUAAAGGGAAUUUCAUUAAGGGAAGAAGAACCAAAUCCAAAUGGCUUUAAACUUGAUGGUAUCUAUAGAGAGAAAUUCAAUUUAAUUGGUAAGCAACUGCAGAAGUUACUGGAGAAUUUGAAUGUAGUUUAUCAAAAUAUUGGUUAUUCCAACUCUGAAAUUAUUCAUAAAGAAAAACUGAUAUUUAAUGCACUUUCAGAUUCAAUAAAGACUUUCUAUGAUGAGGCUGAAUUGGAGAUGGAGAAUUUGUCCAAAAACAAUGAUAAUGAACAAGAAAUUUUAAAUAGAAUAUUGGUAAUACUACAGGACCCAAGCGGAAUCAAUACAAUACCGGACUUAUACAUCAGGAACGCCAUUCUGAUACAAGAGAGUAAGACGGUCCCAUUGUCUCCCAAGAAACCACUGUCUUUAUUGGGAAUGAAGAAUUCCCUAAUUCAAGCACGGAAAUAUAUAUACAACAAAUACAUCCCUCAGCUGGUCUGCCUCCUGCAAAAUUCAUUAACAUUACAAAAAUAUAUUUCUGUUAAUGAUAAUGUGAGGACAGAGCAAAAUCAUAAUACAGAAGAGUUUUUUCAGAUUCCUUCCAUUGAAAGACUAGAAAAUAUCGAAUCCAAAUUGACUUCAUCAGUUAAUGAUUUUGAAAAAGUUUCUCAAAUAAUACGACAAAAUAAAGAAUAUCUACUUGAAAACAAAUAUUUUGAAAUUGUUUCGGAAAACAAAACAAAUGAAAUUUCUUUAUUGAUUAUUAGACAUAAAAAGGAAUAUAAGAAUAAACUACGAAAAAUAAAGGAAAUAACAGAAAAUAUAUAUCAGAUAGUUAAUGAGUUAUUUGAAGAAGUUGAUCCACAAACUAAGCAAUUGACCUUUGAUUAUAUGAAUCUAGAGAAUGAUAAUUUUGAAAAACUUCUCCCUGUAAAAGACACGCUUAUAGGGAAAUUAGAAAAAAUAUUGCAACAGUAUCAACUAAAUUAUAACGAAAGAAACAAUGAGAAAAACAGACUUUUAGAGAAAUGUCAACAGCUUUGGUCAAAAUUAAAAAUUCCCCAAUCGUACAUUGAUACAUUCAUGUCGAAGAAUAUCAAUCUUUCCAGAACAACUUUAACUAAUAUUAUGAAUGAAUUAGAUAAAUUACAAGUCAUGAAGAAAAAAUUAAUUAAAAAUUUGAUUGAAGAUGCAUGGCAAAAAAUUGAAGAAAUAUGGACGACGUUACAGUUAUCAAAUGAAGAAAAAAAUGAAUUUAUUGUGAUCUUCCAAAAAAUGAAACAACAAUCUAACUCUCUUCAAGACGAUGAAAUUUUGCUAGAAAGGUGUGAAGAAGAAAUUAAGGACUUAGAAGCAAAACUGAAAAUAUAUGCUCCAGUUUUAAAUUUAAUAAAGGAAUUUCAAUCCUUACAAGCUGAUAAAAUUUUCUUAGAGAAUAGUUCAAAGGAUUCAUCCAGAUUACUAUCUAGGAACUCCCAUAAAAUUUUGUUAAAAGAGGAAAGAACAAGAAAGAGAGUUACCAGACAUUUUCCAAGAGUCAUUCGUGAUUUAAAGAUGAAAUUAAAUGAAGCAGAAGAGAUGUUUGCUAAGCCAUUUCAAAUAAAUGGAGAAGCGUUGUCUAAAGUUAUUGAACGUGAGGAACAAGAAUUAGUCAAGAAAUAUCCACGAAGUCGGGUGGCUAAUAAUGGAACUUCUAUUAGAUCAAGCGUUCGUAAGGAGCUCCCGAAGAGAAAUCCAUCACCUUAUAAAAUUCAGAAAAAAAAUGACAAGAUGAAUUCCCUUCCAAUGCAUUCCAAAUUCUCGGAAAUUACCGUUGAUCAUCGUUAUACGCAGAAGACACCCAAUGGAAAGAAUCCAACCAGAGUAACGAGUGAUCCCACAAAUUCUUCUUCCACUCGUUCGAUUCAAGGAUCAAGAAUAUCAUCAACUCAACAAUUAGGGCAAACAAGAUUAUUACCACCCACAAAUAUAAGUAAAAGACAACUAGCAGAAACUCCAAAACUAACAAGAUCAAUCACAUAUUCUGGUCUUUCCUCUUCUCCGAUGUUAGAUUACAAAUCUACUGCGGUACUCUCCAAUACUAUUCGUCCAACGAGAUUAUUCCCAAUUGAUUUAAACAAAAAAAGUCAUAUCCCUCAGUUAACCAAAUCGAAGUCUAACCUGACUGAAGCUUCAACAAUUCUCCCUCUUGAAAAAGAAAAUAUUAACAUGAACAUGAACAAUAAUAUUAUAGUAGAAGCAACACCAGGGAGAAUGGAGUUAAAUUCAAGAUUUAGUAGUCCCUACAAGGAGCCAGACCAUAGCAUUUACAAACUGUCGCUGUCCCCAGAAGGUAAGUUUAGACUGAACGUUCAACAAACUGACUUGGACAACCCAUUUGAAGACACUAGUAUUAUGGAUGAUGAGGAAACUGAUAAGUGUUUCCAAGACUGGAAAACAGAGCAAUUAGCCAAAUUAAAUGAUCGAGUUUGA